GGCUUUGGCCAAUUCCGAUUGCUUUGGCAUUUGACACGGAGGCAAGGCAGUGCAACAACGGCAGCGGACAGAAGCAGAUACAUUUGUGUUGCCAAAUUGCCAGCGACAAAAGUCGGCGAUGUCUUGUCAGCUCUACAGGCCUUUUGCUCUCAUCGCUGGCCGUCAAUUAGCGCCGUUUGCCAUUUGAACGGAUUCGGUUCUUGGCGGUUCUCUCGCCGCUGAUUCACUUGUUCUCUAGAAAUCGGGGGACCCAUGGGCAUUGGCUGGGGCAUUAAUCAGUUGCAAGACGAUCGAUUAGCGGAAAACAAGAGCUCGCCGCCCGAGCAACUGCAUCCGCCUGGCGAGUCCGCCCAUCUCCGAUUCUUCUUGCUUCGCGCUCUCAUAAAUCGUCUCAAAACGUAGAUAAAUGAAUAUAUAUCGAUGAUUGGUUCAAUGAUUUGUGAGCGAAAGUGAAAUAAAUAUUUUUCGAAUUACCUAAUCGGCUGGCCAUUAACGUGAGUGGUGUGAAUUUUCGAGUGCGUGGUGAAUAUAUUUUAUAUAAUACGUGUUAGCCGAUUCGGUUCUCGUCGACACAUACUCUCAUUGCAUCGGCGAACGUUGGAGGAUUCGGAUUCCGUUUCGAUUCUGGUCAUUACGCAAUGGCCGCUGAGGAGACGGCGCUAACCGGCGUCGGCGAGCUACUAUUCUCGCUGCUAAUUGGAUACCUAGGUGCCCUGGAAUUCGCCUUUGUGGCGCGCCAUCUAUACCACUGGACUUUCCAACAUCCCGGCGAUUCUUCUGUAGAUGCAGCAGCUGACGCAGAAGAAUUGCCUCGCAUGCGAGAGCGAUUGGAUAAGCAGAUCAAGGAGGCGGCGGAAAGGGAAGCCCUGGCAGGAACCAAUGUCAUGCAGGAUGGUGUCCUAUAUGUCAAUGGAAUACGAGUAGAUCCUGCUGGAGAUAAAAGACAAGCUUUGGCAGCCGAACUGGCACGUCAACAGCAAAUUGAAGCCGAUACGAGGCGUCAGCUGGCCGAAGCCGAGGCCAAGCUGGUAGAAGAAAGACUACGAGUCCAGAGGGAGAAAGAGGAAUCGGAGGAGCAGCAGAGAAAGCUCGUAGAGGCGGAAAGACAGCGCGAAAGAGAGCAGGCGGAGAAAGAACUGCAGGAACAAAGAGAAGCCGAACGCAGACAGCUAGAAGCAGAAGAAAAUCAGCGUAAACAGCGCGAAAACGAGGAGAAAGAACGCCUAGAAAACGAAAGAAGGCUGAUAGAUGCCGAACGGGAAAGGGAGGAGAAUGAGCGAAGACUGCAAGAAGCUGAAGAGCAGCGCGAGCGAGAAGAAAGCGAAAGAAGAAUCGUCGUGGCAGAGCGUCAGAGAGAGCAGGCCGAAGCCGAAAAGGAGCGAGCCGAACAACAAAGGAUCCUGGCUGAAGCCGAGGCAGCGCAAGCCGAGCGUCGUCUCUUUGAUGCCGAGAUUCAGCGAGAGCGCGAUCAAGCUGACGAAGAAGGGCAAGCACUGAGGGAUGCGGAGAUCGUAGAGCGUCUUCUGGCAGCAGAAAGAGAGCUCAGUCCAAGCGCUACAGAGAGCGAACUGGAGGAGGAUGCUGCCAUCGCAGAGCAGUCGCGUCGCCUGAUCUCCAGCAGAACUGAUCUGGAGCAAAAACAGCGAAUGAUUGAGGAAAACGCCAGACGCUUUCUUGAGGCAGAAGAGGAGAUGGUAAUGUUACAACAGCGCCAACUUCAAGCCUCACACAGCAAAGAGGAGGCAGACGAGUAUGCUGGCAUGGAACCCGUGGUGGAGGAGCUGUGUGUGAAGAAAGUGGCUCCACCCAGGUUUCAGGAGCCUCCAGAAGAACCCAUGGUGCAUAAAGUGAAAACUCAAUUUGGUCAAGGAAGUGGUCCUGAAGACGCCUACUCAGCAAAGUCAAAAACACUCACCUUCCCUGGCGUAUCGGAUGAAGGAUCCUCUCUUGAACCCAAAACUCCGUUCUCCAUCCAGCAGUCGUCCUUCAGCACGCAGCCCUCUGAUGAGGGCAACAGAAUCGAAAGUGAACGCCCAGAACCUGAAGGAGAAGAUCAGAUACAGGAAGUCCAGUACACCGAGGACUACCUUCGUUCUCUAGAUGGCAUUAAGAAUCGUCCUUUGAUGCGAGAGGAUGGUUCAGGGAGAAGAAGGGCUUUUAAGAAGCGACGAUCCAGUGGAAGCUCGAACUCCUCGCGGGAAUCGCGAGCCUCCCGCGACGAAGAACUAAAGAUGUUCACCUCGCUAGAGGAGGAGGAGUUGCGCCACGGCGACCGAGAGGACUAUAACCCCAUCAAGUAUACGAGCGAACCUACCCUGAGGGUUAAAUCCCACCGACGUCACAAAAGGAGUCCAGCAAAGGAUGUUAGACCAACGGCAGAGUCGACCACAUCCUUAGAGAUGCUCGGUGAGGAGAGCACAAAUCCCUGGGGUGAGGUUGUGCCGGAGCAUUAUAAGGAUACCGAGUUUUGGAAGCGGGAAAAAGCGCUCUCCAUAGACGAGGAGGAAAUCGAACUAGAAAGACCAUCCAGGGGAGAGGAUGUGGAGGAAGAAGCUACAAAUGAGCCAAAAUCGUCCUCCUUUGAAGAGGCCACUGAGGCACAAAACGAACAGGCAGUGGCUGCCCUAAAACAACAACUUUCCAAGGAGCAGUUGGACAAAGAAGCGGAGAAGGACAACCCGCAAGCAGUGGAUACCAGCGACAGCAACAAAUCCAAUCUGCAAACCUCUAUCGCAGCAGAGGAGCAAUCAAGGGGUGGUUCACCUGGCUUGCGACGCAGUCCACGUAUGGAUGAAAUGGAGCAUUAUCCGGAGCGCUGGUCCGCCAGCCAGGAGCAGCAGUCAGUGCAACAGCAGCCACCGCGAACAGCACCAGCCAUCAAUGUCCAGCAGCCGGAUACGGCUCCUUGGCGGGAUCAGUACGGAUUGCUAAUGGAAGGACUUAGCGAUUUCUACGACUUUACCGCAUCCGUAAACCCAUCGAGAUCCCGUUCGGCAUCGCGAAAUCCCUCACCAGCUCCCAAGAAUGUGGCAAAUUUGAUGGAUGGGGACACGGAGCGGUCGCUGGAGGUUUACGACGACACUCAGGAAGGUGUAAUGGCAGGCGAACUAAACUGCGAGUCUGUACUUCAGCUUCUGGAGUCGAACUUGAAUGAAACCGAAUCUACAAAUGACCAACUUCAAGUGCAAACUGUAGCCGAUGAUGCCAGGGAUGGUAAAUCGAUCUUACCCAUGGUUCACGAACCACUUGAAAGCUCUGCACUUGGUGCUGUUUUGGAAGAAAGGGGACGGGAGCCUUCUGUCGGAAGGAUUCAAUCCAGAUCCCGCUCCCGCUCCCGUUCACCACUUCCCACCUCAGAGAACCUAGAAAAAAGCAUUCAUAAGCGCAGGGAGCGCUUGAUCAAACAGAACGAUGAGCUCGCCGAACGUCUAUCCCACUCAAGUCCAGAAGAUUCUAUGGAAAUCGAAACUAGUGACAAUGGAAGAUUAAGUCCAACACUAGAGGUCACCCUGCCACAGCCUGUAAUCGAGAUUAAUGAAAUGGCUGACGAGCCCAUGGAGGAUGCGGAAACUACACCUGAAGAAAUGCGACUUUUUGUUGAGACCCUGAGAGCUGAGAGGAAUGCCCGCUCAAGAUCCCGAUCUCGUUCCCGUUCUCCUCUGCCCACUGCGGGUAAUAUAGAAAAGAGCUUGGAAAGUCGUAGGCUGAAACGCAUUCAACACAAUGAUGAAAUCUUUGAAAAACUACACGAUCAAAUGUCUUCGCCUCAGAUCAUAAUAGAGUCCGCUUCACCGCCAUCUUUACCGCUUCCUCUACCCACAAUAUCCAUUGAAAUUGCCGAACCACCGGAGGAAAAUGCUAGCCACACUGAAGCAGAACCAGAGGAUACACCGGAGAGCAUGGCUAGACUCUUCGAGCAACUUCGUCUGAAUCGAGUGCGAUCCCAUUCUCGAUCCCGGUCGCGUUCGCCACUUCCGACACCCGCCAAUUUGGAGCAGAGUGUGCAGAAGCGCCGGGAGAGGCUGAUUGCUCAGAAUGAUCAAUUCUUCGAGGUACUCCAGGAAAGAGCAAGAACUCCGGAGCCAGAAACUCGUUUGACCGUUGAGUACGUGUAUGAAUAUGUUCAAGAGAAAGAUGAACAGGUUGGUGAAGGUCGCGACAAGAGAUCCUUGUCCCCAUCUCGAUCCCGGUCACAGUCACAAGAAAAAGCGCUAGAUGAUUUUCACUUGAUGCUUAACCUGGAGGGUAGCGAGUUGCGCACACUACGCAAAAAUAGUGAGGAGUUGGAAAGUGUCCUGGCCGUGGGUGCAAAGCAACGAGAGGUCGACAUGGAUGCCCUGGAGAAGCUACACAAUGCCAAUGAGGAAAUAGAGCUUCGCGUGCUCAGUCCCACUAAUUCGGAAUUAGAGAGAGUGGUUGAGAUGACACGUGAGAAUCCGGACAUGGACCGCACGGUUUCUGAGGUGGCACGGGAUCUACAGGACGAGCUCAUGGCCAGUGGAUUUAAACGUUCCACCUAUGUUGGGGAGUCCUUAGACCUAGGCAGCGAUCAAUUUAAGGAGCUACGACGAGAGGCAGCUCAAUUUCAGAGAUCCCGAAGCCCAUCUCCAGGAUCGAGCAUGGAUUACGCUAGAGAGCAGGCUGCAGCUCAAAGGGAGCUGCAAACAGCCAUUCUAGACUCUCUGACCGAAAGUCGCCUAGGAGCCAAGCCCAAGACCUACUCCGAGGAGAGAACUGGCGAAUUCGAGGAUAUAUCUGCAGCCCAACUGGACGAUUUGCGUCAUCGUACGGCCGAGUUCCAGCGAUCACGUAGCCAGAGUCGGUCGCCAUUGAGGGAAGUGGAGCUAACCCAGUUGAGGGACAUCGAAGCGGAGUCGGCUAAGAGGGAGCUGCAGGAUCAGUUACUAGAUAGGUUAGCCGCCUCGAGCAUUAAUUUCGAGAACUUCUCGCGGCACUUGAACGCAGACUUCUUGGACAGCGAGCGUCGGGCCUCGGACUCGGCUUUAAUGGGUGACAUGGAACCGGAUGAAUACCAUCACUUCCGUCGGUAUUCACUUGCCCAGGAACAGCCCGUCGAGGAGUAUCCCAGUGAUGAUUACGUUUAUAUCUCACAGAUCGAAGUGCGAACUCUAACUGGAACAAGGACUUGGUUAAAAGAGGAUUUUUACACCCAUGAACCAAACGAUUUUUCUGACUCAAAAAGUCCGGUUAGGGAUGAAGACUCCUGGGCGAGAGCUGUUUUGGCUGCAGAGGCAGAAGCUGCCGAAUUCGAUUCCACCAAUGCCAUCUAUAGCUAUGAUAUUGUGGGAGACCACGAGAAUUUGGAUCAGGAGAGGAGCAGCUCGAAUGACAGCGAAGACACACGACAGACGGUGGUGGAAAUUGAUGACGAAGAUGAGUUUGAGUUUGAGUUGGACGAGGGAAUCUCGGAUAACAACGAACGCACCCAACCCACCGAUGAAUCCCACCAUGACACUUCCGAAUGUGAAGAGGCAGAAAGGAAUGCAGAUCGCUAUGAAAAUCGGGGAGCUCAGGAUUGGGAAGAAGUAGAUGAUGUGGAGGAUUUCCUCGACUACGGUUUCGACGAUGGUGCUGUGGGCGGAGCAACACCGUACUCCGAUCCCGACUCCUUUAUCGAACAGAUCUACAAUGAGGCCAUAAAGAACAGAAAGCAGUCUGGAAUUCUAAGGGAGUACGAGACCAUUGUUCAGGAGCAAUUGCCUUCGGAUCUCAGUGAAUCUGAGAAGGAAAAGUCCGGUUCUGAUAGUGAGAAAUAUGCCUUGUGGGCCAAGACCAGGGAACUGGAAAGAUCACAUUCCGGUACCCGACACUCAGAUGUUGAUAUUGCGUUGGGGUUGAUACCAGAAAGUGAUCAUCGCGAUUCUGAGAUGCGUUACCUAGGUGAUGCGCAUGUGGUGGCACGACAAUCCACAAGGUUACGUACCCGAUAUGGCUUUAAUCCUAAACUUGAAGUUGGCGACCUAGAAGAUGACAUCGAGGUGGACCUUAAUUACAAGCCCAAGAGGGAGUACAACUGGCGCAAGAACUUCCGACUGGACGACAAUGAAGAAGGUGAAAGAAGUGUCCAAGUUAAGACAGAAGAGGAUGAAGAACAGGAAGCCAGGGAUCAAUUUGAAGAGGAAUUCGGGUGGCAAGAUCGAGAGCAAGAACUAGAAGAAGAACUUUAUCAGGAUCAUGAGCAGCCACUGUAUGCUAAUGAAGAAAACGGCGAAAUCGAAAACGUAGAGCUGUUGGAAAAUCGCAGGAUCAGCCUAGGCGGAGAAAGUAUCACCCUCUUUAGCCGUAGUCCUGUUCGAGAAAUUUUACCAGAUGUCCCUGAAGAACUUCCGCAGGAGGAAGAAGCACUCGAGGAACAGCCAGAAGCAGUGGCUCCAUUGGAAGAUUUGCCAGCCGAAAAGCCCAAGAAGAAGAAGAGCAAGAAGAAGCUGCGUAAAGGAUCUAAAACCGAAGAGGAACUUCGAGAUGAUAAUGAUUCGGACACCCAAAUGGGAUCCUCUCGGCGCAGUGAUGACCAGGAGCCAACCGAUCCGCCAAAGAGAAAAACACGCUCAAGGCGAAGCUCACGAAGUAGCUUGACCAAUGAAGAGCCCAAUGGAGGAUCGGGACCCUUUUCACCUAGGAGCAGUCUUGCCUUUGUGGGAGAAUCCUUGGAGGGCAUAGCUGAAUUUGAACCACAGGAAAGAGAGGAAGAGCAGUCCACCAAGAAAAGGACUAAAAAACGCAAGAAGACCUCAACAAAGGAAUGCAAGGAGGAAGCCAAAGAAGAGACCCAGACACAGGCCAUUGACGAUUCUCAAUUGGAUCGGGCACUAGCUGCUGCUCUAGCGGAGAUUGCCCCCGUUUCGGUGUCCACAAAUUUAACCCCAGAAUCCACGCACCAGAACCUACUUUCCACCAUUAGCACCGGUCAGAGUGUCUGCAUAACUCCAGCGUCAUCCAUCGAAGAGAUUGGUGGAUCACCAUCCUCGACUUCAACUACGGUAGCUGCAGUGGUACCAGCGCGAUCCGUUGUGGACACCUUCGAUAUACUCAAAGAUGCCAAUUUCUAUCCGCUCUUCUAGAUCGCUUGACAUGAUCAUAAGCCAAGUCAAGCCAAGCACAGCCCAGCACAAUCCAGUCCAAGCCACAUCCAAAACCGAGCACGCUGUACACGAAUUUAGUCCCAGUUAAAGAUCCAGUCUCCAGAAUCCAGCAUCCGCUCCUCUGACUGAGGGUAAACACCCGUCCACGGGAUCCCAGAGAUUCCGAUCUGUAUAAACUAUGUAAUUAUACUAACGACCCAGAAAAAAGCCUUGAACCCAAGAAAAAACGAACGAUUGAAGGAUUGUUUACCAUAGCUGUUAGUUUACUUAACACUUUUGUCUUUAUAAAAAUGACGAGAAUAAAAGCCAACUGAAUAAAUG